AUGGAUCAGGACCAGGAGCCCAUUGCUCUGGGUCAUGAUGUCCAGGUUGUUGACCCAGAAGUCCGCGGCCAUGUGUAUAGCUUGGUCACCGCUCUCGGAGGGUUCAAUGGCGAAGAUGCGGAUCGCUACGUAUUAGGUGAUGAUGCAUUGGCGUGUUUGCGCGAUAUCAAGCGGUGGUUGAAACUUCAUGAUGAGAAGAACAAUCGAAUGGACGUUGCGCGAUGUCUCGGAGAAGCCAAUGUAGUUAACGGCGAUCUACUUCCGAUUCUCUCACUUUGGUGGACCAGUGGGCAAAAAAGCAAACAUAUGAGUCGCAUCGCUCUAGCAUGCUUGGAGCUUCUGGUGCCGUUGACCUGGCCGGUCGAGUUCCAUAGCCAGAUGACUGUCAACCACCACCGUCACACUCCCUACAUCCAACAAGCACAAGUUCAAUACAAACGAGGCGUUCUCAAGCAUGGUGGAUCCAAUAUUCUACGCACUGUUAUCCGAAUCGCGAUUCCUAGCAUGGCCUUACCUCGAACCGAGCGAGAAGUCCGAGACGAAGGCAUACUCAAACUAAUGCUCUACUUUCUACGAAACAUCACCAUAAUAUCUCCCAAUGCACGCCUAGCCGCCGAUGGCGAAGAAGAAGAGACUUCAAGAUCCGCUACCAUUGAUGCAUUUCAAGAACAAGAUGCAUUUGCCCUGUUCCUGACCAUGUGCUCCAAUGUUGGUGACGACUUCAACCUACAGGACGUGAUUUUGCUGGAGAUACUAUUCCAUCUCGUGAAAGGUGUGAAUGUCGAGAAACUGUUUAUGGACGAGGAGCAGAAAAUGGCCAAGGGAGCAAAUGAACUGGGUGACCUUUUACGCAAGGAGGGUAAAGUGAAAAGGGAAUACACCAGAAAUGCGCCAACCCGGCAUGGACGCUUUGGAACUAUGAUCUGGGUCAAGCGAGAUGACUCCAAAGUAUCUACCGUUUCUGGUCAAAGCAUUUUGCGGGAUGACCAGACCACCUUCCAAAAGAUGGACCAAAGCAAGAAAUGGGAUAAACCCCAACCUCGUCGCAAACAGGAUGAUGUGAGCCAAAACAAUAACUUUAACAUGCCUGCGCAUCUGUCUUCAUCCGCAUCCAAACAUUUACGAACAUUCGUGGAGGAGUUCUUGGACUCCGGCUUCAAUCCUCUGUUUACCCAUGUUCGCAAGGCUAUCGAGCGUGAAGCGGAGCGAGUUCUUGAAAUCAAUUCCCGCCAAUUUUUCUACACAGUCGGCUGGUUUCUGGAGGCGGAGCGCACUCGGCGGACUCGCCAGUUGAAGAAACACGCGAAGAGUGGAAAAAAGGCCAAGGCCAUUGAGCCUGACAGUUACGGCCUGGUUGCCGGCGUUUUGAACCAGGAGACUUUUGUUUCCUUGAAUCGUGCUAUGCAGAAUAGCCUGGACAACAAAGAGUGGGAGGAUCUCACAGCACAGAUGCGCUGUUUUACCCAAGUUCUGUUGACUGUCCAAGAAAUGGCUGUAUCGCCGAUUGAAGAUGACCAGGAAGUUGCAGAAAAUAUCCAAAACCGUAUCUUCUACGAAGAAACGACCCACGAGCGGGUUAUCGCCAUCAUGCGUGGUUAUAAAGACCAGGGCUUUGGAUACCUGGAUGCCGCUACAGAGCUCACACAUGUAUUCUUGCGAAUGCUUGAACGUUACUCCAAGGAAAACGCUGACAUGCAAGUGCGAUCCCGGCAGAGGGCCAGGCGCAGCAAGAAAAAAGCUGCCCAAGCUAAUGGGCAAGACGACGCGGCCGAUAACGAGGAAGCACAAAACUCCGAGGACGAAGAUUUGGCAGAAGUAAAUCUAGCUGUGAAGGAACGUGCUUUUGAUUUCAAGCGCUUCGCAGCCAAAUUCUGCAAUCAAAAAUGCGUGGACACCUUCGUUGCCUUUACCGGCUUUUAUCGUGAAUUGAGCUCGGAGCAAUUGAAACGUGCCCAUCGCUAUUUCUAUCGCAUUGCAUUCAAGCAGGAGAUGACUGUAUUGCUCUUCCGCUUGGACAUUAUCAAACUUUUUCAUGGAAUGAUCAAAGGGCCUGGAGGAAUAGACUCUAGUGAUCCUGUCUUUAAAGAAUGGGAGGAGCUGGUCCGCCAACUCAUUCGACGACUCAUCAAGAAGAUCGACCAACGUCCUGCCAUGAUUACGGAGUUGCUUUUCAGCAAGAUGAGCGCCACAUCUUUCUACUUGGAGUUUGGACAUGAAAAACAAACUAUAGCUUCUACUAGGCGCGCGCCAGCUGAUUUGGAGUUUACCUCGAAAGAAACAACAACCACCGAAGCCAAGUUGGGAAUUGUAGCUGGUGCCCUUGCUCUAGACGGUCGAGCUGAUCUCGCAAAAUGGGUCGUUGAGGUUUUGAGCUCAGCAGCUAGCGAGAGAGAGUCCUGGGAAGCUCAGGAUGAAGCCCGCCGCGCAGAGGACCCUGAGGCUACCAGCACUCCUCACCCCAUGAUUUACGUGAAAGCGCGCGACGAGUUUUGCCAGAAUGCAAUGUUCUCGAAUGCGAAGCUUCGACUUCUCAUGGGUGUGAUUGGGUUUGAAAGAAUUGGAUUAGAAGAUGUGUUUGGUGCGUCAUGGGUGAUCCCACCGAAUUUGACGUCCAGUGAUUUGCGAGAUGCCAUCUCAAAUAUCAGCCAGACACUUGUCAAUCCGAUGCCGGAAGGCAGCACUGAAGAUCCUCGUACUCUUCUUGCACGGAAGAAUAUCAGCGCUCGGAAUAGUGAAGCUCGAGAGCUCGUGGAUGUUAACUUUGGUUCGGAAUCGGAAGGUGAAGAUAAUGUUCCUGAUGGAUUCUUGUUCCCCCCAAACCCUCGUUCAAAGUCCAAUGCUUUGGAUGAUCUGAAGAAGAAACGAAAGAAGAAGAAGACCAAAAUGGCCUCCGAGCAUGAGCCUUUGGAUGAUGAAACCCUAGAGGCUCGUCGAGAAUCACGACUCACCAAUUCCUUGGCUCGCCAGCAAAAGAUCAAGAGUGAUCUUUACAUCCAUCCUAGCGAUGAAGAAAGCGACGCGGAAGCGGACGCAGAAUUCUUCCGACUAGAGGAAGAACGGCGAGCAGCACAGGCAGAAAAUGUCAAGAAGGCUGUCCUUACUGGCGUAGUGGAAAACUCCAUUGCCAAGGGGAAAAAGAAGGCGACCACCCGUAAGCGCCAAAGUGACACAGGCGUCUCUACCGCAGCGGAACCAAAGCGACGCCGACGCGGAUCCAGCUCCGCCGAGAGUGCUGGAGACAGUGACGGCGAUGAUGAUAUCCUUAUGGCGGACUUGGAAGCCCAAUCGCCCCAAUCACCGCAAGAAGCAUCCACCAUCCACGGACCUCAAGACAACAAGGACACUCCUCUCACAUCGGCAGAGGAUGAAAUGGAUUUCGAUGAAGACUUUGCAAUUAGUCGGAAUCGGGAUCUUAAGCCUUCUGUGCAGGAAGAUGACGCGGACGAGGAUGAAGAGGAGGCACCCGUUGUAUCAUCUCGCCGGCGGGUGGGAGGUUUUGUGAUUGAUAGUGAUUCCGAGUAA